GUUCAUUUACGUACGUGUAUGUUGUCCAUUUGUAGAAUAUGACUUAUAUCUUAGUGAAAAAUAAAUGAUUAUAAGAAAGACUAUAUUAUUAUUAUGAACUUGUGGACCAAGAUAAUAUUUAAAUGAAUGAACUAAAUUCAAUGGAAUUAUAUGAGAAAAGUAAAAAGAAAAGAGAAAAGAAACACUGGGAAAAAUCUAGUUGGUUAACAUAAUCUUAAGUAGCUAAAGGCAAAUUUAUAAAUUUCAUAAUAAUUAACAUUUCGAAAUAUAGUACAACAAGAAAAUGUUGUAUUGCCUAAUCAUAUUGAAUUAUAUUUUCCAAAUGCACUUCUAUCAAAUUAUAUAAUUAGAUUUCAAAAUUGUCAACAAUAGUGGAAACUACCUAUAAAUAUUUCAUUAUAUAUAAUACAUAUAUAUAUAUAUUUAUAAUUUAUGAGCAUGCAUUCAUCAUUUCCGGAUACAUAUAGAAAGUCAGAUGAUGAAGAUCAUAUAACUAAAUCGAAACCCCUAACUAGCAAAGGAUGUAGUGAUAAUAAUAGCAACAACAAUAAUUUGUCUAAUUCUAAUAAUGAUAACACUGAUGAAAAGAAACUCAAUGAUGUAUUAAAAUCAAUUGAAGAAGGUGAUAAGUAUAGUAUGUCUGUCGGUCUAGUCAAACAAGUAGAUUCAGAUGACACGGAAAUAAUGACGAACACUCCCCAGAAAAGAAAUUGGAAAGGAAUUCUACUUGCAUUGCUUGUGAUUAUGUUUAUUUCUUCUUUGAUUCUAACAGCAAGUGUCUUAACAACACCAAAAGAGAAAAAGAUCGACCAUGGAUUACCAUUCACUUUUUCUGAUCUUAUUCUCAUAGAUCGACUUUUGGAAUCAUUCAAUAGUCAAUCUGUUAAUGGUAGUUUUGUUUAUUUAACGAGAGGAAAAGAUCUGAUCGUGUUGGAUACUGAUACGCUCAAAGAAACACUUCUUCUAUCUCAUCUUGUUAUACAAGAGAAAGCCUCAUUCAUGGAUAAAUAUUUUGUUGCACCAGAUCUAUCGGGAGUGAUAUUAGCAUAUGAUUUUAAAGAUCCUACUCGACGUUCUGGAAAGUCAAAGUAUGAUGUAGUGAACCUUAAUCCGGUAGCAAAGAGAACUGGACUUGAAAGAAGAAUUGAAAUCGGAGUAGACGAUCAAAUGACAGAACAACCAUUUUUAGACUUUGUCAAGUGGUCACCAAAAAGUAAUUGUAUAGCUUUUGUAACUCAGAAGAAUAUCCACCUGUUAUUCAAUCCACUUGAUUCAAAUAAUAGGAAGGUUGUAAAUCUUACACAGUCGAUGCCCCAAAGUCACAUGUCUUAUGGUGUAUCAACUUGGUUAUAUGAAGAGGAAAUUUUACAUACUAAUGAAGCAUUAUGGUGGAGCGAUAGCGGAAAUUACUUAGCUGUAGCUGCGUUUGAUGAAACAAAUGUGAGUACAUAUGAAAUACUUAAAUUUGGUGAUGAUUAUGAGCUGAAAAAUAGAAAUAGGAAGAUGAAAUAUUCGAUGGCAGGUGAGACCUCCUUGUAUAAUAGUCCUGUGGUUACCUUAUAUCUAUACGAUAUGAAAACUAUGAACUUUCAAAUAAUUCCGAUACCAAAACAAAUUCCUAGUGAUGGAUUAUUAACAAUGGCGCGCUGGAUGAAUGAUGACAUUUUCGUACAUGCAUGGACAAACCGUAUUCAAAAUCGUGGUUGGAUAACCGUCUUCAGUCAAUCUCUGAAUCAAAGCUGGGUUUUUUAUAAAAUUGGUUAUGAAAAUGGAUGGGUGGAUUUGUUAAAGCAGACUAAUGUGGAGCCUAUAAUUAACAAAGAAAAUCAAGAAAUGUUAAUUAUACUUCCAAGAGAUUAUUCAGAAAAAGGGUAUAGGGGUAUAGCAAAACUGAAAAUUCCAAUGUUACCAUCAGAAACUCUUCAGUUACCAAAGUGGAUUAUUACACCGAAUUUCGAUGUGAAGGAAAUACUAUAUUAUGAUGGUAAUGAUGAAGUCAUUUUUAUUGGAACAGGACCUGACUCUAAAAAUGCUCAUGUUUAUUGGACUUCUCAAUCCAUAGGUAAUAUGACUUGUCUUACUUGUGAAAAUGUGAAUAAUACAUAUAAUUGGGCAGAAGUUCUGUCAAACGGGAAAUAUUUAGUUCAAGAUGUUCGAGGCUCGGGUAAUCCCAAAACUUUCCUAAAAAGAAUUAAUAAGAAUUUAACAGAAACGAAUAAUUUCACAGUUACCACAGAAAUCAUCAAGUACUUUGUGACUAAUAGAGCAUUUGAAAACUUUGUAAAUUCUCAUGCACUACCACGUGUUGAAUAUACAAAACUGAGAUUACGUAAUGGCACCAGAAAUCAAAUCGAUGUCGAGGCUAAGCUAUAUUUACCACCGGAACUUGAUCCAGCACAUAUCACUCAAUAUCCUCUUUUAUUAUAUACUUAUGGUGGACCAACACUUCAAGUCGUAACCUCAGCUUUUACAAUUGACUGGUUAACAUACAUAUCAGCAACUGCGAAAGUUAUUGUCGCUCAAGUUGAUGGCCGAGGUACAGGUGGUCGAGGAAGAUUUUAUGAGCAGUCAAUCUAUAAAAAUCUAGGUGUGAUUGAAAUUGAGGACCAGCUGGAUAGUGUCAAAGCUUUAAUUCGACGUUUCCAUUACAUAAACGAAAGUCAAGUUGGUGCUUACGGUUGGUCUUAUGGUGGAUUCACAGUUAGUCAUUUGCUUACCAGACCUGAAAAUCAGUGGAUUCGGUGUGGAAUUUCUGUCGCUCCAGUCAGUGAUUUUAGAUAUUACUCUACUGCAUAUACCGAACGAUAUUUAGGAAGAUUUAUUGAUGACCCAGAUGCAUAUUCUCGUACAGUUAUUAGAAAUCCUAAGAACAUGGCGUCCAAAGGAUUUUUAUUAGUUCACGGAACUGCUGAUGACAAUGUCCAUUUUAUCAAUACUGCUAAACUGACCAAAGAGUUGAUAGAUGCGGGGGUAGAUAUUGAUUUAAUGAUUUAUCCAGAUGAUGAUCAUUUUCUAUCGAAAGGUAGAAAUCUUGAAAAUUUAUAUCGUAAAAUGACCAUAUUUCUACUUGAUUGUUAUAAUAAAACAUCAGUAAAGUAUUCAAUGGAUUUAUCAGUUAAAGAUCUUUGAGAAUAGAAAGAAGAAAAAAAGGACAAAUGAUGGAACAAUCAGUUAAACAGAUAUACAGUCAUCAAAACACGAUAACUAAAUUUUGUUGUUUAAAUAUAAGAUGGCUUACUGUUAUUUUUUAUUGUAUUAUUAAGUAAAUCAUGUGUUAACAUAGAAAAUCUUGUAUCUUAGUACUAACAAGAAUCAAUUUACAAUGAUUAUCCUGAAAGCCAAUUCUGAAAUAUGUAAAUAAAAUAUUAAUUCAUUAAAAGUUGUGUAAUUUUCAUUUUCUUGAAUAUUCUUAUUACUCUCCAAAUCAACUAGUUAAAUUCAAAUGUUUUUAUUUACCUAAUAAUGUUAUGUAAUAAAGUUCACCUAGAAGGAGUAUUUAUUUGAGAAAUAAAAAAUGAACACUAAUAAAUUAACUCUAUUAUUUCGUAUAACGCAUAUAUAAUAGUUUAUACUUGAUUUGUAUUUUAAUUUUCUACUCUUUACACAUUUUAUUAUUGACUAUGAGUUUCCUCAAUACUAUUGUUUAUACUAAUUCCCAUUACUUACUUGUUAGAAUACUGAUUUAAAGUAAUAUUUUCAUGCUUAUUUUCUCUCAUCCUUUCAAAAGAUUAUCAUUCUCUUAAAAAAUCAUCUUGUUCUAAUCAAUAAUUUUUCAAUGGUUGAGAUCACAAGUCAUUUGAAGCUAGACCAUCAUGGAAAACCUAGAAACACCGGAUGUCCGUAUUGUCAUCUUGUGGGACUCCUCAGCAGUGCACAUCCACGAUUCCGCCUUGCGAGACUCCAACACAGGACCUAUCAAUCUCGCGCGCGAGCACUUAACCAGUGCCUCCG